CCCAACUGACGACUUCGCAAAAAAACAAAAAAAAAAAAAAAAAAAAAACAACGAACUUAUAACAAUAUUCGGUCUAGACAUACGCUCGCCUCUACAAACUUUGCCAACCAAGCAAGGCUGGCACAAUGACUGGAAGGUUGCAGCUCCACAAGCUGGUAGUCCUCGGCGAUGGUGGUGUCGGAAAGACGGCUCUCACGAUUCAAUUAUGUCUACAACAUUUUGUUGAAACGUAUGACCCCACGAUUGAAGACUCGUACCGGAAGCAGGUCGUCAUAGACAACCAGGCUUGCAUGCUGGAAGUUCUAGACACCGCCGGCCAAGAAGAAUACACAGCGCUUCGGGACCAGUGGAUAAGGGACGGCGAAGGAUUCGUGCUUGUCUACAGCAUCUCGUCGCGGUCAUCCUUUUCUCGCAUCAAGAGGUUCCAUCAUCAGAUUCAACGUGUCAAAGAGUCGUGCGCCUCAUCACCGUCGUAUCCAGGCUCACCCAUCGCCACAGUAACCAACCAAGCGCCAGUACCCAUUAUGCUGGUGGGUAACAAGAGCGAUAGAGUCACAGAAAGGGAAGUGUCGACACAAGAGGGACACGCAUUAGCCCGCGAACUGGGUUGCGAAUUCGUCGAGGCAUCCGCCAAAAACUGCAUAAACGUGGAAAAGGCCUUUUACGAUGUUGUGCGAAUUCUCCGCCGUCAGAGGCAGCAGGCUUCACGCCCUUCACUGCCAGGAAACUCGCGCACGAAAACGGGCGGCAUGGGCAAGAGUGAAUCAUUCUACCAAUCAGAUGGCAAGCGUGGUAGUCGCAAGGAUGGAGAAAAGCACCGGAGCAAGCCGAUCAAGUGUGUUAUAUUGUGAGACGGCAUCCAGUGGAAGAAGAAAUGAAUACAACAACCUCGAUGGCCACCGCUUGACUGCCUCUGUCCUCUUCCGUUGGCAUUAACAUAUCCUAUACCCCACGAGCGCAGGGCGCCGCCGUAACCCAUAAUCUUUGACACCAAGUAACACGUACGUUCUUGGAUCAGGGGCCCACCGAAGCUGGCUUAAUAUGGCCGCAACAAGCUUGGUAACGUGCUCAGAUAAGACUUCGGAAAACUGCCUGCACCUGCGGUUUCUCUGGCAAAUUCAAUCACACGCAAUUUCGUGCGCACGACAUUUUCGAAAAAUCCCGACAGAUCCUGACAUUAUCGUCGACCUAUUUUUGUACGGCAGUGGGCGUUCAAGCAUUUUCGAAAUCAAGAUCAGCAAGAUCAACAACGGCAUCACGAGACCAGAUGCAACUGCCCAAAAUCGGCAUUGGACUUUUUCUAAGUACAAGAUUUACAUUUUUUCUCUUUCGAUUUUAUGCGGACAAGACUCCUAUAGGGUCUGACUUGGCUAUGGUGUUUGGAGUCUCCAGGGGGGUUCACUAAAAAAUCAAAAGGACAUGCUGGCACAGGUGCAUUUCUACCACCAUAUUUUGCUUGUGAUACUUCAUCGCCUCAUAGUUUCUUGCCUCUUUUAUCUUAUUUUCCUUUUUUUUUUUUUUUUACUCCUGUCACCACGAUCAACACACCCCAUAUCACGAGCGAUCCCACCAAGUGCAC